AUGUUCGAAUACCGUCGGGUCAGGACCAUGUUCCCGGUCAGGGUGUCCAGGAAUACCAAAGUACACCUGACGAGCGUGUCCAACUAUUGUCUGGGGUACCUGUCUGCCAACCGCGAUCGGGCGCCGGUCACCUUGACCCGUGGGCUGCGCAAGCUCGUGUCCGCGGUAACCGCGCACCACCACCCCGAACUGAUUGACUCCAUAGCGGUGAGUCCGUCGUGUUUCGGAGUUCACGUACUGGCCGAGGUGGCGGCCACCCGACCCGCCGUGCUCGACGGCGCCGCGGUCGAUGAAUUGUUCCGCCGGAAGCAUUGGCGGGACGGCGGCGAUGUGUACGUGGACUCUCUGACAAUAGUGGCGGCCGCACUGAGCGAACGUCACGAGAAUGUCUGGCGGUUGGUCAACGGGUGGAUGCCGUUCAUGGAAGCCGCGGCCACGUCUACCGUCGGUGACGACGACCGUCGCGCACGAUUUCGCCGGACGUUAAUGGUCAACGUGCGUUGCACGCCGUUGGCCGCGCUCACCUACGACUUGGAACCGCAGGACCCGGGACGCGAUCGCGAGUUCGAUUGGUUGGAUCCGCGGCAAAGGCUCGUGCUCAGCUUCGCCCUGUCUGCCGGCACGGGCGCCAAAUGGCUGCACCAGACGGGCGCGUUCGAUUCGCUGGACGGGCACGUGAAAACUCUGUUGGACGGAACCGUGGAAAACCCGUCGCCGGACCCUCAGGGAUUUAACCCUCAAACGUCGGUCAAUGCGAUUGUCGACACGGCUUAUUCAUUUUGCGCGUCGUUUGAAGGCAUGUUUUUUUGUUUUGUUUUUUAUUUCGGUCUUAUUCACACGGAACUACUCGAAAUAAAUCUAUUUUCGAUUCACUACAGACCAUUUCACGUCGAGUCAUUUCUAAGUAGAAUGGAUUGCCACGAACGACGCUACUGA